CAUAAUUCACGUUAUUAAACACUAGUGUGAAAACUUUUAGCUAAAAAAACACUAGUUUAAACUCUGAGUCAGUCUGCUGUUAUACCUGGUCAGUAUGGAGGUUUGUUUUCUUGUCUUACCACUGGUCUCUGUGCUGUUUUUCAACGGUUUUCCAGAGCGUACAAGUUGCUAAAUCCCGUUAUCGACUGUGGUUAAAGUUCACAUGCAUUGCUAACAGCAUGGAGGUAAAGGAGGUAGAAAAGUGUUGCUGUGUAGUCAACAUAUUUGAGGCUUUUUCAGCAAAGAAAUCUGUGAGCUGCAGUGGAGUUAUCGUCCAUCCUCAAACUGGAACAGUGAUAUGCACCGGCGUCCCGUUUUCCCGGUUUGCCACCGACAAAGAGCCCCUCUCCGCAGACCACAGGUUUCUGUCACCGCACAGCUUCAGUGAGAAACUUAAAAUCCGUGUCAGCUUUUCUAGUGAGCGAGAUUUGGACUCCAGCCAGUCUGCACAGGGAGAAGCAUCCUCCUCACCCUCCAGAAGCAAAACAACAAUUCAACGGGAAGUUGACGCAGAGUUGCUGAUGCUGGUGAACUGCCUGGAGUUCAAACAUGCUUUCCAGGCUGUUUUCCAAGAGGCUGUCCAGUGGCGUUUCCAUGGUGAUGAUGAUGCUGAAGAAGAGUAUGAGGGGCUGAUCAGAGAUGCCCAAUUCCUCAGCUGGUUCGCUGUACUCAAGGCAAGUGUGGUGGCAGACUGCAGCCCAAAUGCAGAGACUAUACCCUGGCAGAGCAGCUCGUCUCUCCAGAAAGGCUGCCCGGUUGUUGCAUGUGGCUCACCUUUUGGCUCCCUCUGCUUGGAUCUCUUCAUCAGCACCCUCAGCAGAGGUAUCAUCAGCAACUUCGCUGGAGAGGACAACGCUGUCAUCCUCACAGACGCCCGGUGCUUGCCAGGCUCAGAGGGUGGAGGGUUGUUUGUGGUGAAAGGCAGAGACAAUGUGCGUCUCCUUGGACUGAUCGUGUCUCCAUUUGGUUGGAAGGCGAAUGAGUGGAUAGGCCUCACUCUAGUCUGCUCUGUCCACUUGAUCUUCAAGAACAUCAUCCGCUGCAUGAGAGUUCAAGAUCCACUCAGAGAUGUUUGGCUCCAUCAGGGAGAGGAAGGCCUCCUUAUGUCCACCGCAGCCCACCAGUCAAAAUCUGUUAAAGGCCCCACUGUGUGCUUUGUGGACAGUGGACAGUUCUGGGGCUCAGGGGUCGUUGUCGCCUCUCGGCUGGUUGUGACCUGCCGCCACGUUGUCAACGGGAAGUCGAAGGUCACCCUGAAGUUCCAUCUCAGGGACAGAGUCCAUGAUGUUUUGGGUGAUGUGCUGUUUUCCACUAAAGCCUCAUCCCCUUAUGAUUUGGCUUUGGUGCAGCUGAGAGACUUCGCCACAGAGGCUGCGGUCCCUCGAAUGGCUCAGAGUUACAAUCCAGGUGAAUCUGUGGUCGUGGUGGGAUAUGGUGGCUUGGGUCGGAGAUGUGGUCCGUCCCUGACCUCUGGCGUCCUCUCUAAAAUCAUCACCUUGAACGACCAGCCUGUCAUGCUUCAGACCACUUGUGCAGUACAAGCAGGGACCAGCGGGGGUGCUGUGGUGCGGACACGCUCAGGAGAGCUGCUGGGUAUCGUGUCCAGCAACACAAGGGACUUAGCUGCCAAAGUGACCUACCCACACCUCAACUUCAGCAUCCCAGUGACUGUUUUCCAGAGAGUGUUGCAGCACUUUCACCAGACAAGAGAUGUCAAUGUGUUCAGGGUGUUAGACACGACCGAAAAAGAAGUCAGCACAGUGUGGAGGCUACAGGGUGAACAAAGCAAACUAUAACUGAGGACCCCUACAGCUCAUUAAAAAAAGAUUGGAUGGUUAAAUCGAUAUGGAUUAUAUGAAAAUCAUAUUAGAUAAUCAAAUUGAUAUUAUGUGUAAUUUCUUUAAAAAAAGAAGAUAUUUUCUAAUAUAUAAUACAUGUGUUACAAAGACAGGCACAAUGUCACAGAUGUAAAGAAGUAAAUGCAACUAAAACGUUAUGUAAAUGUUUCUCAGCCAGAAUCAUGCAGUAAACUGUGAACCACUUAAUGUUAACAGCCAGUUAAAAUUACUUUAAUAAAUGCUGAUAUUGUUUUAUUGAAUUGAAAUUGUAUUAAUAAAAAAGUGUAUUUUGGUGAA